AUGGCUCACGGUGCAGCAAAGCGCAUUGCGCUACAAAAUGAGCAGGCCCUCCGAAAUCUAAGGCUCGGAAUGUUCAUCCCAACCAUACUCUCUGUAUUCUUCCGUCUUUUAUUCCGGCGAAGCUCUCUUCCUCCAUCCAAAGGCUCGCUGGCAAUCUACUUCGUGACAUAUCUCCCUGCCUUGUUCCUUUCACGCUAUCUCGAAAGGAUGGGCACCACAAGGCGAGACCCGACAACUGGAGCACUUAUAUCCCCUGGAGAAGACCUUAAUCAACCGGGAGUAACAGAAUGGUGUUUCGAUAUACUUUAUGUCACUUGGGCAUGUCAAAUCGGCAGUGGGGCUUUUGGGGACUGGUUCUGGUGGUUUUACCUCAUUAUCCCAUCGUACGCCGGGUACAAGCUGUGGAGUAACUUUAUUGGGCCGAUGCUCGGUCGCAAAAGGCAAGAGAAACUGCGAAAACGCUCGGAACGGGGUGAUCCACGUGUCCGCUCUCUGCGAAAGUAG